UUAAUAACCAUCAACAAUUGGGAUUCCCACAAUUUUACUCCAAAAUUCAAAGGCGCAACUAGCAAAAUCCAAUUUCUCUCAAAUUUUCCUUUUCGAUUCUUAAUUCGAUUUUCAUCCAUCUCUUCAAUUAUUCAGAUUCAUCGUUUCGAAGAUCAGACGAAACCCUAAUUUAGUUCGCGAGAUCUUCUGUUUUCUUUGAUCUUUUUUUUUUUAUCUCCGGAGAUUUCAAGGGUUUCGGAAUUCCCCAAUUUUUUGGCAGUCCGUCUUGAAUUUCAGUGAGAGCUUGUUGAUUUGCCACUAAGCCAUGGGAGGACACGGUGGUUUGAAUAUUCUCCCGCAGAAGCGGUGGAACGUUUACAAUUUCGACAACAGAGAGAAAGUCCGAAAAGACGAGGAAGCGGCGGCUAAGGAAGAGCAGAUUAAGCGCGAGGAAGCCAGGAAAAGAGAUGCCGAGUCUCGCCUCGAGGUGCUUCGUAACGUCCGUGGCUUGGCGCCUCUCAAACGAGCUUCUCCUGAGGCAGAGAAGGGUAAGGACGAGGCUGUGGUGUUGGCCGCUGCUUCCACUUCUGUUGCUGCUGUGAAGAGCGUUGAACCUGAGGAGCCUAAGACGGGUCACAUAAACCUGUUCGAAGGGAUCAAGAUAUUUGAUCCGAUUGAGUUGCCGAAGAACGAUAAGCCUGCGGAGGAGGAAGACCACAGGAGAAAAAAGAUGAGGAAAGAAGCGGCUGCAACGGCGAGGGCUUCUGCUAAGGAUGCUGCAGCGAGGGCAGGGGAUCCAGAUGAGGAGAAGUAUAGAUUGGGAUAUGGUGUUGCUGGUAAAGGAGUGAAGCUUCCUUGGUACGUUGAGAACAAACGCGGCGAUAAAGAUAGAGUUGGUGGUGAGGAUGAUGAUGAUGGUGGAUAUAGAGUAGGUGCUCGUGAUGAAGCUAAGAAGAAGAGUGGGAAGAAGAGCUUGAAGGAGCUGAGAGAUGAGCGGUUGAAGAGGGAGAAGGUUGAGAAGGAAAGGGAGAGAGCUCUUUUCAUGAAACAGAGUCAGAGAACCGGUGGAUUCUCACGGAGGUGAGCGGUGAUUAAAUCACAAGGAUCACAAAGAAGACGAAACAGGACUUGUGAUGCAGAGAUUCAAAGGUCAUAGCAACACAGGUUGGAGCCGUGGGCUCAAGGUUCUCUAAAGAAAAAAAGAUAUGUUGUUUCUACGAUUUCAUGUGGAGUUAACUAGAGAGUUCUUGAUUUGAUCAGACUCUCGCUUUUAAAUCUUGAACAUUUCAAUUAUGCCUCAAAUGAUGUCUUUUGUUAAAUUACUGCACACACAGUCUGAUAAAAUAUGUUGUUUUGUAUAUGCUUCUUCUUCAUGAGUAAUUGAAAUCGAGUGUUAUUGGAUUUGUCGAGUCUCUCAUUUUACCGAAUAAAUCUAAUGGUUUAUGCCCCAACUGGUGUUUUCGGCUGAACUGUAUUCA